AUGUUUGAGUACACCGAGGAGGAGAUGAGCGCGCCCUACGACCCGAGGGAGGAUGAGGCGUAUUGGUCGGGCAAGCGCGCCGCGCCGGAGGAGGACGCGGCGGGGCGGGGACAGGACCCUGCCUCACCACAGCCGCCAAUGCGCCGCCCGCGGCACGAGCGCGGGCAGACCGAGCCGACCAAUGUCCUGUGGGUUGGCAGCCUCCCGCCAUUCGUGACGGACGACAAACUGCGCGAGAUCUUCGAGGUCUUUGGCAACAUCACCACCAUCACCCGUAUGGAGAAAGGCGGGAUGGCGUUCGUGCACUUCGACACCGUUGAGCAUUGCACAAUGGCCCUACAGACAAUGGCUGGGCGGCUAAUCGAGGGCGGUGUGGCGUUGGUUCUUAACUACGGACACGGACAAAAGCGUGGCAACGACGUGUCGAUUUCUGAGGGCGGAAUUCCCGCUAAUGAAACCCCGACCAACGUCGUCUACCUCGGUCAACUCCCCACCAACAUUACGGAAGUCGAUAUCGAGGUCCUUUUCGAGAACUUUGAGGGCUUUAUCAACUCAAAGUACGUCUCUUCGACUAGUAUCGGGUUCGGGCAUUUUGAUUCGGUUGAGAACGCUCGCGCCGCCCGUGUGGCGCUCAACAACGCCACACUCAAGGGUGUCCCGAUCCGUGUGAACUUUGGCAAAACCAAUCACAACUUCACGAUGGCGGAUCGCCGCCGGGUGGGAGAGCCCGCAGGCCUCAGCGACAUUGAAGGGGGGCUUAAUUUAGAUGCGCUGAUGCGCCCGCCGGGCGAUCUCAAUGCCGCGUCAGGGGCACUGGUUCUCGGCGGCGGUGGCGAAGGAAAUGGAGGGGCCCUUGUACUGCCCGCAAUGGGGGUGAACAACGGGAUGGGCGGCCCCAGCACCACGGCGGGGGGUAAUUUGUACAACAAAGAGCGCGCCACGCCGGAUAUGACCUUGGAUGUGCGGCUGCAAACGGUGCUUGGGACCCCUUAUAAUGGCUGUGGAGCGAAGGAUCUCGAGCUGAGUCCGAGUCAAAUCCAGGCUAUUUGCAGUAUGAUUGACGCCUGCGUUGAUAGCAAGUCGGAGCAACGGCUGGAUGAUACACUUGUUUUGUACUGCCCGCUCAAGGCCGUCCAUGUUUUUAAUAUCCUCGCCAAGCGCCUUCACUCAUACUUCGGCGACGAUCCUCACAAGAAGCUGCUGGUGCUCUACUCGGCGACUCGCGUCUUAUUGGGGGUGGUGACAGAUUACAUUCUCUACAACGCGGCGGCGCUCAACGCGUACUUGAUGAUCCUCCUUGUCUCAAGUGAGGGGCAGACAAAAAGUGGUAUGGAUAGGUUAUCCACAAUCAUCGAGAGCCUUUUCCAUCAUGGGUUUAUUGGCAAGAAAACUAACGCAGGGGCUGCAUACGAAGAUGUAUUUCGAGGGCAGCUGGAAGAUAUAUUAAGCCGAGCAAAAGCUGAGCAGGACUUAGCAGGCCUAGUAUCCACCAGGCGGAGGAAGUGA